GUCUGGGGGAGAGAGAGAUGUUCUGUCUGCUGGUUCACUUCCCAAAUGGCCACAACAGCCAGGGCUGGGCCAGGCCAAAGCUGAGAGCCAGGAACUCCAUUCAGGUCCCCCACAUGGUUGGCAGGGACCUGAGCACUUGAGCCAUCAUCUGAUGCAUCCCAGGGGGAGCAUUAACCAGAAGCUGGAUCAGAAGUGGAGCAGCCUGGACUUGAACUGGCGCUCUGAUAUGGGGUGCCUGCAUCUCAAGCAGUGACUUAACCCACCAUGCCACUGGCAGCAUGAAUGCUGGCCGCUGAUAGUUCUGUUUUUAAUUUUUUGAGGAAACGCAAUGCUAUUUUCUGUAAUGAUUGUACUAAUACACAUUCUGUCAACAAUGCGCAAGGGUUCCUUUUUCUCUAUAUCCUUUCUAACACUUCUUUCAUUCUCUAAUAUGUAGAAGUCACUCACACGUUCAUCCUUCCAGCACCUUUGUCCUUAGUCCAUAGGAUGCUUACCAUAGCCUGGGUGUGUUUGGGUGGGGAGAAGGUUGAGAAGGACACUCUGGAAGGGGGUGGGGAUGAAAACACAUUCUCACUUGGAGAGAGCAGAGCUUGGCUCCUGGAAAAGAAGCCAAUGAAGUAUUGAGGGAACAAGAAGUUUCUGCAAACGUUCAGGCAGCAGUACAGAUAAGGGGCCAGGGAGGGGAUGCUGGGAGGCACCAGGAGAACUGGGAAAGUGGGUAAGCUUGGAAGCAGGUUUUGAUUAAAAACCCGGGUCUGUCUUUAUCAUCUCCCGCCAUGGUCCAAACAGAAUCCAGUUACACAGGAGAGCGCUGUCCUUGAGCUUGGGUGCUGGGUAAGCCUUCUGGGCUCUAGACUUGAGCCAUGAAGUUUUGACACUUUUUAAUUUAAUUGGAAAAAGUCCGCUGAGCAGAGAGGUCUCAGUCACAAUCCUCAUGCUGCUUUUGUUGAGUGUUGACUGUUGAAUGGAGGAGAGCCAGGAAAGCUUCAGGAUGAGAGCGAUUGACAAAUAUUCCAAGAAGUCACGAAGGUGGAAUUCAUGGUAAAUAAUGUCAGCUUCAAGCCACCAGGGGCUUCCCUCUACACUAGGCUCUGUUCUGUGUCCUGUACACGUAUUACCUAAUUUAAUCUCUAUAGAAGACUCAAGAGAUCAGUAAUAUUAUCAUACAAAGGUAUGUUGACAAGUUUAUGGAAAUGCCUAUUAUUGAAAAAACUGAGCAUGGAUCUCAAAUCUUUUUUACAUAAAAAAGUUUCAAUUAAAAAUUUCUGGGGCUGGCACUGUGGCAUAGUGGGUAAAGCCACCUCCUGCAGUGCCGACAUCCCAUAUGGGUGCCUGUUUGAGUCCUGGCUGUUCCACUUCUGAUCCGGCUCUCUGCUAUGGCCUGGGAAAGCAGAAGAUGGCUCAAGUUCUUGGGCCCCUGCACCCAUGUGGGAGACCCGGAGGAAGCUUCUGGCUCCUGGCCUACUUGGAUCAGAUGUUUCCUUCUUCUCCCCCACCACCCCGCAAUGCUCCCUGUCCACGAAGACUACAAAAAAGGGACAUGGAGAUGUGUUUCCUUUCCUCGGCUGCAGUGCUGAGCAGAGGGACUAACCGGGAGCGAGUGGCAGAAGCCUGAGAAGGGAGGUAGAAGAGUCCUGGGCAAGACAUGAUAAAUCCACUGGAAACAGAAAAAAGUUGCUUUUCCAGGCUGGGCAUUCUCCAGUGAAGGGUGUUUAUGAUUUAAGGGUCAAACCUGGAGUCAAUGGCCAGGCAGGGAGCAGACAUGGAGUGUUCUGAAUCUGUCUUCUCCUAGGCCAGAGGUGGCAGCAGCCGUCACUUAAGGCUCAGAAGAGGGAGAUGGUGUUGUGUGGAGGACCACAGCACUGCAGAAGCCUGUACAAAGGGACCGGGUUGUCCUCAGGGCCAGGUACUGCACCUGAACAUGGGGACUCCAGUCAAGUUCACAGCCAAGUUCACUCCUCAGUGCAGACAGCUUCCUGCUGAGGCCUCCUGCCUUUCUGAGUCCUCAGUGAUGAAGUGUUGGGGUACAUCAGGCAGGUGCAGAGCGACAUGUAAAGAGAGCGAAAUAUUCCAUAUAUUGUGCAAAUCCGAGGAGAAGUGCUGUGUGAAUCCCAAGUACGUGCCUGUCAAACCAGCAUCCACCUCUUUGGCAAAGAUACCGCUCCAACCAUGAGUCUCAACAUCACUGGAUUCCACAGUUCUAUUAAAUUACUCUUGGCUAUACCUUGUUUCUGUGUGACAAUUCCACCUAGUUAUAUACUUAAGACAAGUAAAUAAAGAAGGUGUGUGUGUGUGUGUGUGUGUGUGUAAGAACAGAAUGGACCAGUAAGUGGUAAAAAUAUUAGCCUUGCAAAUAGCUCCUAGUUUAUUGUUCCAUAGCUAGUCCUAGAUUAUAUAAUACUGUUCAACAGGUGGGCAUUGGGCACAGUGGGUUAAGUCACCACUUGGGAUGCCCACAUCCCAUUUCAGAAUGCCCAGUUCAAGUCCUGGCUACACUGCACUUCUGAUUCUGUUUCUUGUUAACGUGUCUUGGAGGCAGCAGAGGAUGACACAAGUGCUUGGGUUCCCGAUACCCACAUGGGAGACCUGGAUGGAGACCCGGGCUCCUGGCUUCAGCCUGGCCCAUCCUGGUUGAAGCAGGCAAUUGGGGAGUGAACCAGCAGAUGGAAGGUCUGUCUCUUUUUCUCUGUCUCUCCCUCUCUCAGCAUCACUCUGCCUUUCAAAUAAAUAAUUUAAUAAAAAAAGAAUGUUCCUCAUGCUCAUUUGAUUCUUUUCUUCUAGACCAGCACUGCCCAUAGAACUUUCACGAUGGGUUGUCCAGCAGAGUAGCUACAUGUGGUAACUGAGCACCCUAAGUGUGGUUGACAUGACCCAGGAAUUGCUUUUUAAUUUAAUUGAACUUAAUGUAAUCUGUAUUUAAAUGUACAGGCUAAAUGUGGCUAGUAGUUACUGUAUUGUGCCGUGUAGCUUUAAAGUCUAGAGACGUAAGUCUGAGGCAGCUGUGGGCACCAAUCUCUGGGUAUUUUAGGGGAGACCUGGCAGUAAGCAAGGAUCUGGGACGAACACAAGAAGCCAUUGUCAGUCCACUGCUUCUCAGCUUUCUCCCAACGCACCUGCACUUCUGCCCUGUCCUGUCAGGGGCUCCAGCACGUGUCUCUCACACAUGGAGAGAGCUGCCGUCAGCCCCUAAGUGGGACAAUAGGGGCUUUACCUCUCUCCGCCUCAUGGUCUGGGUCUGGGUUCCAAGUAUCCCCAACUCCCAACCCUUGCUACUUACCUGAUUAAUCAAGAACUUUUUUUUU